AUGGGACACCGUGUGUAUGAUUGUUACAAGAAAGAGGUUGAUGUUAAGUCAGGAAAGGAGAAAGAGUCUAGUGUUUCCAGCAAACCACCUCAAUCUAGUGGACCUACACCCACGGUUGUAACUAGUAGCGUUGCGAGAGGAGCCCCAAAGGGUCGUGUGUUUGUGAUGAGCAGUGGUGAGGCUGAAAUUGCUAAUAAUGUGGUAUUUGGUGUUUUCCUUAUAAGUUCUUUGCCUGUGAAAGUUUUGUUUGAUUCGGGGGCAUCCCAUUCCUUUAUUUCUAAGAGAGUAGUUGGAAGUCUCAGGUUAGAAUGUCCUGAGUCAGUUUCUCUAGAUGUGUCUAUUCCGUCUAAGGAAGUGAGUAGUUGUUCCAAGUUGUUUAAGAGUGUACCUAUUUCCAUUUCUGGGGUAGAAUUUCUAUCGAAUUUGAUCGAGUUCGAUUUUAAGGAUCUCGAUAUAAUUCUGGGUAUGGAUUGGUUAGGAAGGUAUGAAGCAAGGAUUGAUUAUGCAGCUGAAAAGGUUACUUUAACUAGCCUAAGUAAGGCCAGAGUGGUGUAUAAGGAGGGGAAAAGUUUAGGGUUGAGAAUUAUUCCUGCGAUGCAACUCCAGAAGCUGGUUAGGAAGGGUUGUCCUUUGUUUUUGUGUAUUGUUCAAGAGAUUGACAGUGAAAAAAAGAAGGGUGAUGGAAGAAUACCUGUCGUAGAGGAGUUUCCUAAUGUAUUUCCAGAUGAGAUUCGUGGUAUGGCAAUAGUGAGGGAUGUUGAGUUCACUAUCAACCUAGUGCCUGGUACUAGACCUAUUUUUAAAGCUCCAUAUAGGAUGGCUCUAGCAGAGAUGAAGGAGUAG